AUGGAUACAUCCGGCGGACCAAACGCCGCUGCCAUGUAUUCACGGAGACGACAGAACUCUGUAGGAACAUCGCAGAUCUUCGAAAACAUUAUAUCCGCGUCGAAUUUCGACAAGGAUGAAGUGGACCGUCUCCGCAAACGUUUCAUGAAGCUCGACAAGGACAACUCUGGCACGAUCGAUCGCGAAGAAUUUCUCUCCCUCCCACAAGUAUCAUCCAACCCCCUCGCCACACGAAUGAUCGCAAUCUUCGAUGAAGACGGUGGCGGUGAUGUCGAUUUCCAAGAAUUCGUCUCCGGUUUAUCCGCCUUCAGUUCAAAGGGCAACAAGGAAGAGAAGUUCCGCUUCGCAUUCAAGGUCUACGAUAUCGAUCGCGACGGGUUCAUUUCCAACGGCGAGCUCUUCAUCGUGCUGAAGAUGAUGGUCGGGAACAACCUAAAAGACGUUCAACUGCAGCAGAUUGUCGACAAGACGAUUAUGGAGGCGGACAAGGACGGUGAUGGCAAGAUUAGCUUCGAGGAGUUUACGGAUAUGGUUGAAAAUACCGAUGUUAAUUUGAGUCUGACAUUGGAUCAAAUCUGA